CGUAAAACAAAUACAUAUUGUAACCUUAAUUAAUUGAUGUUAAAUAAAUAAUAUUUUAAAUAAAAGAUUGUUAUUAUUCAGGAAAUAAUUAUGAAUAUAUCUGUUAUAAAAACAGUCUCGUAACUUGAAUAAUAUACAUUUGUUAUAAAUAUAAACCUUUUUCUACAUAAGCACCUUUUUGUUGUUAUAUUUAAGAAUAAAAAAUGGGUUUAACAAAGCAAUACUUAAGAUAUGUACCAGCAGGAAAUGCAAACAUAAUUGUUAGUCCUUCUUGCAAUACUGUAUUUGUAACAUUACAAGGACAAGAAGGUAGAUUUGUAGCAGUUGGUGCAUGUGAACAUGUUUUCAUAUGGGAUUUACGUUUAGGAGAGAAGGCCCAAGUAUUAUCUGGAGACAAAGUAAAUGUUACGUGUUUAGCUACCUCUCCUAAUAAGCAACAUAUAGCGGUUGGUUAUGCGGAUGGCACUAUAAAAACUUUCAAUUUAGCAUCAGGAGAAAAUACAAGUAUAUUUGUAGGUCACAGAUCUGAAAUUACAACUCUAGCAUAUGACAGUAAAGGACAUAGAUUAGCUUCUGGAUCAAAGGACACAGAUAUUAUCCUUUGGGAUGUAGUAGCAGAAACUGGAAUUUGUAGAUUAAGUGGACAUAAAGGUGUAAUAACUAAACUUGUAUUUAUGAGUGAUUAUAAUAUCAUUAUUAGUGCCAGCAAAGACACAUUUGUCAAAUUCUGGGACUUAGAUACUGAACAUAAUUUUAGAACCCUUGUUGGUCAUAGAACAGAGGUUUGGGGUCUAGCUUUAAUUAAAGAUGAUCAUUAUUUAAUAACUGGUUGUAAUGAUAAUGAAUUACGAGUAUGGAAAAUAUCUUUUAUUGAUAAUGAAACUGUAGAUAUUCAUUUGCAAGAGUUAACUCUCACUGAUGAUGCUGAAGUUAGCGACAUGAAACAUCCUUUGAGAUGUGAAAAAGUUGGAAGCAUAUUGCGAAGCGGUCGUGGACGAGUUGUAUCUCUUGAAGUUGAUACAACACACACUGUUAUUGGAUGUCAUGGAGUGGAUAGUACAAUUGAUUUAUUUCAAGUAUUACCUGAUGCCAAAAUAAAAGAAAAUGUCGUUAAACGCUUACGAAAAGAACGAAAGAAAGCAGAGAAAACUGGAAGCAAUGUAGAAGUAAAUUACUCAGGAACACCAACUAUAAAAGAUGAGAUCAUUCGUUUACCUAUUAUCAAAGUAUCUGCUAAAGCUAAAGGGCUCGAUAUGGUAAUGGGUAGAGGAGGUGAACUCAGAAUAUGUAUUGGAGUUAAUAAUAACUCAAUGGAAUUAUAUUCUCUAUUCACACAAGAGAAAGAUGCUGAAGUAAAACAAUUAAGAUCAAUGACAAACCACGGUCACCGUACGGACGUUCGUGCUGUUAGUUUUAGUUCUGAUAAUUUGGCUUUUGCAACAGCUAGCGGAGAUUCUGUAAAAUUAUGGAACAGACCAACCCUGGCGUGCUUACGUACUGUGGAAUGUGGUUAUGCUUUGACUCUAACAUUUGUACCAGGAGACAGACAUUUAAUAGUAGGUUUAAAAGAUGGCAAAAUGUUGAUUAUUGAUAUUACAGCAGGUGAUGUUUUGGAAGAAGUACCUGCACAUUCUAAGGAACUUUGGAGUGUCACGCUAUUUCCCGACAGGAAAGGAGUAGCUAGUGGUGGAGGAGAUCAAACAGUAAAAUUCUGGAAUUUUGAACUUAUUGAAGAUCCUGACAGAGAGAUAAAAGCGAAAGUUUUGUCUGUUUUACAUUUAAGAACUUUGAAACUAGAAGAUACUGUAUUAUGUGUAAGAAUAAGUCCUAACAAUAGAUUUGUUGCAGUCGCACUACUUGAUUCUACUGUAAAAAUCUUUUUCCUUGAUACUUUUAAGUUUUUCAUUUCACUUUAUGGACAUAAGUUACCGGUAUUGUGUAUGGAUAUAUCUAGCGACUCAUCACUUAUUGCCACUGGUUCUGCAGAUCGAAAUAUUAAAAUUUGGGGUUUAGAUUUCGGAGAUUGCCACAAAUCAAUAUUCGCUCAUGAUGAUUCCGUCACGGGAUUGUCAUUUGUUCCUGGGACACAUUAUGUUUUCACAUGUGGUAAAGAUGGAAGAGUGAAAGAAUGGGACGCUGAUAGUUUUCAAAAGAUUGUGACAUUGCAUGGACAUGCAGGAGAGGCAUGGAAUUGUGCUGUUUCUCCAAAUGGUGUUUAUGUUGUAUCCUGCGGAUCAGAUAAGGUAGUUCGGUUGUACGAAAGAAGUUCGGAGCCCUUAGUUCUUCAAGAUGAAGAAGAAGAAGAAAGAGAACGUCAAGAAAAUGAAUUAGCUACUGGAGAAAGUACCGUUGUUCCAGGACAGAAACAACAGUCUUUACCUUCAAGAAAAACUGUCUCUAGUGAAAGAGGGGCUGAAUUAAUAAUGGAAUGUUUAGACGUGACUGCAGAAUAUAAUGAACAGUUAUCGAAAGCAGUAGCAGCGGGGAUCGAUAAAGCGCCUCCUGUUCCUUUGCAAAUGCAAGCUUACAAUUGUGAAACCAUAGAUGAUUACUUUUUAGAAACGAUUAAACGGAUCAGAGCAAGCGAUUUGGAAGAGACAUUAUUAUUAUUACCUUACUCGGUUGCGUGCGACAUUCUUAAGAAGGUUCCUAAACUAUUGCAGUCGGAUUAUCACACGGAAUUAAUGUCGAGAUUAGCCCUGUGUUUAAUACAAGCCCAUCACGGUCCAAUUAUAGCUACAGAAGAACUUUUGCCUGUGUUAGAAACCGUGAAAACACUUGCCAUCAAGAAAGUUUCUGACCUGAAGGAUAUGAUUGGUUUUAAUUUACACGGGAUGAUGCAUAUACAACGCACUAUCGAAGAAAAAGAAGGAAUACAACUUUUCAGAGAUGCAACCAAAAGCAGUAAACGUAGAAACAGAGUUAGAAGAAAUAAAGAAAAAGCAUUGAAACGAGCAAUCAUGUCGUUGUAAUGU